CUGCCACCUAUCAGCAACGAUGUCUGCGGAUGAGGUUGACCUCGACCAGCUCUCGGAGAGCGAGAGACUGGCGUUGGAGCAGUACACAAGUGUGACAGGGCAAGAGCUAGCAGAGGCGAUCCCUUUGCUGCGCCGCUCGCAAUGGAAUGUUCAGAUUGCGAUUUCCAAGUUCUUCGAUGGAGAGGGGCCUGACCCGUUGGAAGAGGCUCGAGCAGCCAUGUCCCAACCAGAACAACCUUUUCAGCCUGGGCCGGGUAUCAAUCUGAUGAACGAGGAUCUACUUCAACAAGUUCGGCCUGCCCAGCGUACCUCGGAGCCCGCCCCACGAGUCGACACGCAACCAGAAUACCAACCCGUACACCGUCCCCCUUUCCUCCUCGCCCUCCUCUUCACCCCCUUCAAUCUCGUCUACCGACUUCUUCUCAGCUCUUUCCGUCUCUUCGGCACUCUAUUUCCCUUCCUCCCACGACUCUUGCGCACAACUGCCAGCCCAGCUCUUCAGGGAGCUCGUCAAAAUACUACGGGCCGCCGACCGCUAGCACCUAAGGAUACUGCCGCUCGGUUCAUCCGUGAGUUUGAGGAGGAGUACGGGUCAAAUCCGCUUCCAUUCCUUGAGAAUGGCUACAACAUGGCCCUGGAGAGGGCGCAUCGCGAUCUGAAGUUCCUACUGGUGGUCCUGCUGUCGCCCGAGAACGAUGAUACGCAUAAUUGGGUGCAGGAGACUCUACUAUCACCGGACGUCGUCGAGUUUGUCAAUCCUCCCGGCGGCAAUGGAAACGUACUCGUCUGGGGUGGCAACGUGCGGGAUUCGGAGGCCUACCAAGUCGCCAAUUCGUUAAAGGUCACCAAGUUCCCCUUUGCGGCGGUGGUCUGUCAUACCCCCAACGUGUCCUCGACCGCCAUGUCAGUGGUGGCCCGAAUUGCUGGACCUCUUCCAACCUCUGAAUUCAAGCAGCGACUCACAACUGCCGUCACCUCGAACCAAGGUCCCCUCUCGCAGAUCCGUCAAGACCGCAGCCAACAACAGGCUUCCCGCAGCCUGCGCGAAGAACAGGACUCGGCUUAUGAGCGGUCCCUCGCGAUUGACCGUGAACGCGCCCGUCUCCGCCGGGAAGCAGAGGCCGCUCGACAGCGGGAGGAGCAAGAGGCAGCGGAACGCCAAGCUGCGGAAGAGAAGAGACAGCGCGAUCUGGCCCAAUGGAAGCUUUGGCGGGCACAGUCGCUCGGCGCCGAGCCUGGGACGGAGGUCAAGGACGCCGUGCGCAUCAGUGUACGACUGCCUUCUGGUGAGCGGAUCAUGCGCCGCUUUGCGCCCAACGCCGACAUUGAAGAACUCUAUGCGGUGGUGGAGUGCUACGAAGCCCUGCAGGAUGAGUCUCGACCCACCGAUGUGGAUAAGCCCGAAGGGUUUGAACACCAGUACGGAUUCCGUCUGGUGUCUCCUAUGCCCCGGGCUGUCUAUGCAGUCGAGGAUGGCGGGACGAUCCGAGAGAAGAUCGGCCGGGGUGGCAAUCUACUUGUGGAGCCCAUCGAAGAGGAUGAUGAGGAACAUGAAGAGAAGGUGGCCAGUGCAGAGGCGGCUGACCAUUCGGGCUGAGAUGCCAUGAUGAAUGAGAUCGUG